CGUCCGGGGCCCGCGGUGAGGGCUCUUGGGAGUCGGGCGCUGGCGUGGGCCUCGCCGCCGCCGCCGCCGGCCCUCUGCCGUGACUGGACUGGGCCGCACGGAGAGGGCGCGGCCGGACUGAACGGAACGGGCGGGGGCUUUCCUGCCUAUGGGCGGCCCCUGGGCGCUCUGAGGGCCGGGCUCCGAGCGGCCGAGGAAAUGAUGCACCCGGUUGCAGGCGGGAACCCAGCGUUCUGCGGGCCUGGCAAGCCUCCCUGCCUCAGUGAUGACGCCGCCAUGAGAGCCGCUGAUCAGUUUGAUCUGUACUCCUCCCAGCAAAGCAAGUACAGCCACACAGUCAGCCACAAACCCAUGCUCUGUCAGAGGCAAGACCCAUUAAACGAAGCACACUUGCAGCCUACCAGUGGCAGAAACACAGAGAUAAAGGAUGAACUAAAGAAAAAGAAAAACCUCAAUCGAUCUGGUAAGCGAGGCCGGCCUUCGGGAACCACCAAGUCAGCAGGAUACCGGACCAGCACAGGCAGACCCCUGGGAACCACCAAAGCAGCUGGAUUUAAGACCAGUCCAGGCAGGCCUCUGGGUACAACCAAAGCUGCAGGAUACAAAGUCAGCCCAGGCAGGCCUCCAGGUAGCAUUAAAGCUCUGUCCCGUCUUGCAGAUCUUGGUUAUGGCUGUGGCACUGCUGCCUUUCCUUACCCUAUGAUGCACAGUAGAGUGGUUCACGGGGUUCAGGAAACGAGUGGUGAGGUCAAGCCACCCAGUGAAUGAGCGAGACAGGAGAGCACGUGCUAGGAGCAAAUUGUUAGUCACCCCAAAGCUUCUUGCUUUAAUUUGACAUAAUCAUACCACGUGGACUUCCCAGUUCUGUUUCCGUUUGCUUUCCCUCACCCCGCACUUCUUUUCUUUCUUUUUAGCUCAGAAGCUGCCACAAUUGAGAGGUGCACUUUGGGCAGGAGUAGUACAUUGUGUCUGUGUUGUACACGGUUCACAGGACAGGACACUCAGCUCAGUCAUCUAUGCUUUCCCUUUGGGCUGUUCUAAGUGGACUCCUUUUACUUGUGAGUAAUCCAGAGCGAGGCACUGUAACUGAAGCGGGGAGCAGCAACUAGUGAGCAGGUGGGCGGGGAAGGCUGUGGAAUAAGACACAGCUGUCUGGAUGCUUUGGAACUUAAAACACAGCUUCUUCUUUAUUGAUUCGCAUGGCAUUAGUGAUCAUCAUUCCUAAAGCACUGUGCAGUGUCUGCCUCGCAGAGAGCAUAGUUACAGGGUGUGUGUUUUCAAUUGCCUAAGAGCAUAUGCACCAAACACUACAAACAGCUCAAACCCUUGAGUACGUCAGAAACCUGCACAGCAUAUUUAAUAUACAAGAGAAAAGAACCCUUAGAAGUCUGCAUGUAACUAUAGUCAUUCUGUUUUGUGUUUCAUAUACUUAGUAUUAUAUUUUAAAACAUUUAUUACUAUUGUUCAUUUAUUUAAAUUUUUUUUUUUUUUUUAGUUUUUCUGCGUAAUUGUUAUUACACUUCAUUAGUACUUAAUUGCAUUUUCAGGUUUAUACCUACCAAAGGACACAAAUUGAGUGGUCAACUGCAAAAUUGGUCUAAGCAGGAAGCAGUGUCCUGGCUGUCAGGACCCAAAUACCAAUAAAUGUAACUUGGUAUGCGCGAAACCUGUGAAAUGAGCGCUGGGUAGCAUAAAAAUGGCAGCAUGGCUCCAGGAUGACCGUUUCUUCCAAAAGAAGGCUCCCUGGUGCGGCUUGCUUUAGACACAGUGUAGAAAAGUCAAGUACUGGGCAUGAAGGUAUACUCACUUAGGAUAAUCUUCGGAAAUGUUUCCUGUUAAUACACAUUUUAUUUAUUUUGAAUUUGUUCUGAGUAAACUGUUAUGAACUUUAAGAUUGAAAAGCUUUCCGUGGGUCAGGUAUGGAGGCCCAGGAAUUUGAUUCCAGCAUUUGGGAGGCUGAGGCAGGCAGAGCUCUGAGCGUGUGAGGUCUACAUAAUGCCAGGACAGCCAAUGCUAGGUAGAGAGACCCUAUCUUUAAAAAAACAACAAAGAAAAGCUUUUACUGAACUUAAAAACUUAUGUUUUUUACUUGCAUUUUAAAUGCUUUUGAGAAUAAAAUGUAGAUUUAAAGGACUUAAAAACUUUAAAAAUAAUCAGAAAUUUAAAAGGGACACACGUACUGGUUGGUUAGGCUUGCUCUCAGUCCAUGCAAACUGACUGUAUGUAAAUACCAUGUUUCAGACCUCUGUCGGGGGACAAGCAGCAAAUCUCAGGUGCCCCAUGGUAGCUGACACAGCAGCUGGGCAUCCGCUCCUGCAGUGUACGCGCUUUAUUGUGUGUGGAGACCGUAACCUCAGCAGUACCAGCUUCCCACAAACCACAGGGGACAGUGAGCAAUGCUGGACGACCACUGAACCAGCCUAGAAUAUCAAACUGAAUGACUUAUUCAGAACACAUGCAGAUGCUUGUCUUCAUUGGCGUGUUCAUCUGUCACGUAGCUGUUUCUGAAGUUGUUCAGCAGCUGGCUGUUGAGAAUUCCUUGCAAGGCUAGUUCCUGAGGACAGUUGAAAUAGUCUAGUCUAGAAUGUCAAGGACUUGGGUGCAUGUUGUGUUUCCUCAUGAGUCUACAUGGCAUCCUUUCAGUUUGAUUUCCUUCCUGAUUUUCUGCCUUGUCAUUUCUUCUUGCCCUUUCCCACCCCUAUCCCCUCCCCUCAGCUCUCCAGCACAUCUACUCAGUGGUGCUGUGCUGUGUGUCAGAAGAUAGAGUGGGUGGAUUGUAUAUGUUGAUGACAGUGUUAGGAGCUUGAUCCCAGGAACAGGGGUGGGUGGAUGGCUACAGUUGUGAGUGGAUGACGUCACUUAGGAAACUGCGAGCAGCACCUGGGAUAUGAAAUGUGUGCACUGGUGAACACCUGAUUCUACUUUUCUCCCUGUGGACAGUUUACCAGUGCCACGUUGGAGAGGCACGGUGAGGACAGGAAGGAAGUCUUCACAUAAAAAUAUUUUUACUUCUACAUGAUCUAAAGACUGCAUUCUGCAUCUUUGUAACAUGGUCUUUUGUCAUGACAGACACUGAAAUAGCAUGUGAAACAUUGCCUAGAUGCCAGUAUAUUCAGUCGGGGAAAACUGUUGCCCCCUACCCCCACCCCACUGUAUAAUUGUUCCUUAAAAGGUAAAUUGCUAAUUUUAUACUGUGUGAUUCUAUUCUUCAUAAAUAGGUUUCACUAUUCUAUAUUAAACUUUGUCAGAAAAUGAUCUACUAUUCAAGUAAGUUUGUUUUACUUUUUUCUGAAAAGGAUAUUUUACAUGCCUUAUUUAUUAUUGUUAUCAAAACAAAUAAGGGGUCAAUACAGAUGAAAAUUUCACUUUCCACAGCUAUCACCUUGCCUAACUAAUCUUUAGUAUGGGGUGAUUUUGAUACUAUCUUUGGAGUUUUGCACUGGAUAUUUAAAAAUAUAUAUUGGCACAAUAUAUUGAAAAAUUAAAUAGUAUUUGGUUUAAUUUUUAAUAUUUGAAACAUUUUUUAAUUAGUGUUUAAAUCAGAUUAACAAUUCUUUGUAUUUUUAAUUACUUUUUUAAAAGGGACAUCUGAAAAGUGGUAUUUAUUCAUUACAAACUGGUGUUUGUGUGAAUUUACAUAUAUUUUCAUGAAAUAUGAGUAGGAUUUCUUUGAGGUAAAAUCUGGAUCCAUUUAUUAUCAGGUUAAAGAUGCUUCAUCCAGUGUAAUAAUAACCACAGUGUGUAAGUUUAAAUGGUGAACUUCUUCAUGCUUUAAGAAGCUUUAAGAGAACAGUUCAGGGGAUACUAAGAUGAUUGCUCUGUCAGUUCCUUGUCUGUAUGCAGUAAAACUUUAUGAUCCAUUACAGCAGUGUAACAGUUCACAACAGUCUUGGGCAUAAAAAGUUUUGAUGCUCUUUUAAUCUGUCUGUUCUAGCAUAAUGACUGCGUUCAAACUCUAAGAUGUAUCUAAAUAUUUGCUUUUCUCCCUUUUCCUUCCAAGUAGACAAACCUGUGCUCUCAUAUACAAUGUAUUUAAGUUUUUAGAAGUGAUGCUGUAGUAAGUCAGUUGUGUGAUUUAAUCAGGCCACUCUUGAUUCUUCGAUUCACAGUUUCCUUUUUCCACAGACAAUUAUGAAAAACAAUUACCAGUUAACUGAUAAUAAGCACGUUGUCCUCUGCUGUAAAAAGUCUGAAUAGAUACUGUGUAUGUUUCCAUGUCCAUGAACUUAAGCUACUCGUGUGCAGUUAUGUGUAUGGAAUGGAGUAGUGUUCAUGAUUUGUAUCUACAUCAUCAUAUGGAUGUAUAUUUAUUAAUAAACUCAUCACUUUAAAACCA